AUGUCUGCCGCGAGUGGAUGGGGACGGGACCAUCUGCUUGCCUGUCGUGUUAUAAUACGACCACAAAGGCCCAACAUUCUUCCAAUUCUGUCCAAAUACUCCAAAUCUUCCGACACUACGUCCUCGGCUGAGAUUGCGAAGUUUCUGAAGGGCCCUGAUAGCAAUAUGCAUUUCCAGAGAAGCGAGCACAGUCUUGUGCGAGAUUUUGGGUAUAACAUUUCGCUCGCUCAAACGUGGUCGGCAUUGGGAGCAUUCGAGGGCGACCGUGACGCUGACAGGACAAGCUAUGCAAUUGUCCCCAGCAAUUCUGAACAUUCCGACACGGAUUCUCAUGACGCGGAUUCUGAUGACGCGGAUUCUCAUGACACGGAUUCUGAUGUUCCAAUGGAUACUGAAUUCGACGGUGGCCGCAUCACUAGGGCGAGAGGAGCGCGUGAAGGAUCAUCCAAACCAAUCGCCCAUUCUGUGUUCGUCCCCUCUAGGACAAUACACAUUGAUUCUAGCAGUCCCCGGCCUCCGAGCUCUAGCGAUGCGUCGUCAGCUGGAUACAUUGAAAAAAAAUAA